UGAGUUAUAUGACUUCUACCACUAUUUCUACAUGCUGACCAAUGUCCUGUUCUACGUCAGCUCGGCCAUAAACCCUGUCUUGUACAACCUGGUAUCAGCCACCUACCGUCAGAUCUUCUUCUCCACGUUGCGGUACUUCUGCAUGCCCUGCCGUCACACAAACAGGAAUCAACCAUACCCCCUCAACCGCCACUCCAUUAGCAUCUCCAGUAGCCACACCCUUUCCACUAACAUCAUUAAAGAGACGGCAUACUGAUUAAGCUGCAGAUAAACACACCUUCUUUCACUUUGUCAUAAAUUCAUACAUUGCCACAUCUUGAUUACAUUUUCCCAGAGGAAAUUAUGGCAUUGAGUUGGAGAAUGUGGUCACCAUCAUCGUCAUGUGAGGUUAAAUUCUCACUCAUUAAAUGCUCUGAUUUAAUUUCAGACACAUUUUCUCAUGGAUUAUUGUGUUUCAUACCUUUAACAUGCGAUUGUUAAAUCAAAAAAGAAAAUACGAUGGAUGGAAGAAUAGGGGGGGAGGCAAGACUUUACAAAAGAUACUGAUGUAAAUUAUUUAUACUGUAUGUUUGUACAUAUAUGUUUUUAUUUCACCAAUCACUGAAAUGAAUUUAAUGGGUGGUGUACCUCACUGAUUCAGUUUUUCUAAACAUUUAGCUUAUGUAACUCCUAAAAGUAUUUUCUCAAAAACAACGCCUUGUAGAAAUACUUUGACCACAACAACAGCUAUGAUGUAACCUUCUUUUCGGAUGGAUUCAUCUGAGGAGAAACCUAGCUUUGAUGUUAGAAACAGUGCAAGGAUCAUGUAUUUCUCUAAAAUCUAAGUUGUAUUGACAGCUGUAUAGGAAGAAUCUCUUGCAUCAUUAAAAUUUACUUCUCUUGUGUGAUUUGGCUUUUGCAGAACAAGCUUUUCAGUUAAAUUCUUGGUGAAAAUGAGGCAAGUCUACAUAAUAGAGAGUCCUCAUUGCUUCAACGCUGAUAUUCAUUUAGCAAUUUUACAUACUAAUCAAUACUAUUGGCAGUUUUUAGAAACUGUGAAAUUACUGUGACCAGAACAGAAGUGGCUGUAAUUGAUUAUUUAAAGUAUUUCAAGAACCAGUAGAGGCCAUUUGGAGGAAAUUGCAAUGGAUGCAUGGAUGCAAAUAUCCUCACAUGGAGAAAAGAGUAGUAACCGAUACAGUGCUGCAGAAGCUGACAGAUAUGUGGGAAGCAAAGAUUUUCUUCAGGACCAACACAACGAUGUAGAAACAAUCUGAAUGGUUAAAACACACAAGCUGCUAGAAAGGAUUAACAACAUGAUAUUGGGAAAUACAAACAUUGUGAUUUAACUUGGGGUUAUUGUGUCAGAUAACUAAACACCCUACCCUUUUUCGCUUCAUAAGAGACAGUCUGAUCACACCUAUCUUCUGGGUAGGAAUAACAUCGACAUCUGGUUGUCUGUGAUUCUUUAGCCAUCAUCUGGUCACCAGUUUUAAUCAGGGAGUAGUUUAUGUUCAGAGUUUUGAUUCAAUUUUCAUUCUUUUCCUGGUGAUAUGCAGACUCAUUGCUGAUAUGGAAUAAGUGUUAUACUUGCAACCUGCUGAAUGAGAAUUUUAUCAACACAAAAAAGGGACACA